GUAUAUAUUGCAUUGUGUAUCUACAUCGCAUUCAUUCUUAACUUAGCCAAAGAUGAAGAUGAAAUUAUUCGUCGCUUCACUCAUCAUCUAUCUUCCACUUCUGCAGGAUUUUAUCAGCAGCUUAGAAGUAAUCUUGGAUAAAUCUAAGGCUACGAAAUGCAUGGGAAAAUACGGUUGUUUCACUUUGGAAUCGCCAUUUGCUCUAUCGCCACCCAAGAGAAUGUUAGCUACGUUACCUUUAUGCCCAGAAAAACUAGUAAUUAAAUUUUUCGUAUGGACGAGACAAAAUCCCGAGAAAGAAGAUGUAAUUUACUCCCACGAAAUGGAAAGAAUAGAAAGAUCUCACUUCGAUCCGACGAAACUCACAAAAUUUCUAAUUCAUGGAUGGACGCAGCAUGGAAAAAUUUCCUGGAUUUUGGCAGCAACUAAGGAACUAUUGAUACACGGAGAUUAUAAUAUUAUAGCCGUGGAUUGGCGCAUAGGCGCCAAAUCUUUACAUGUGAAGUCAUCGGGAAAUACGCAAAUGGCGGGUGCAGUCACUGCAGCUUUCGUUCAAUACAUGAAGAAAGCUUAUCGUUAUUCACCAGAGAUGAUACAUCUCAUCGGAUUCAGUAUGGGAUGUCAGAUAGCGGGAUACGUUGGAGAAAGAAUUGCUAAUAUUGGUAGAAUAACGGGUUUAGAUCCUUGUAGAUUGGAUUUCGAUCACUCUCAUCCUGUCGUGAGGUUAGAUCCAACAGAUGCACUCUUCGUAGAUGUCAUCCAUACUGAUUCAAGUGUCACUUCUUGGACUAAGAGAGGUAUCACCCACGAUGUUGGUCAUUUGGAUUUCUAUCCAAACGGUGGAAAGAAUCAUCCCAGGUGCAAAGGUAAACUCAAAAAAAGAAGAAAAAGAUGGGUAGAUUUCGGUGAAAUUCUCUACUGUAGUCACGUGUCUGCCUAUCAUUACUUCGUUGCAUCUAUCAACUCAAAAUGUGCACUUUACGGUUACGUAUGUGACAGUUACGAUAAUUUUCUGCGAGGAAAAUGCCACAGGGGAUGUGGCAAAAAUAACUCUUUAUGCGCCCCAAUGGGUUUGAAAGCAAUCGAAUGGCAUCACUACAUUCGACCCGAUUCCACAAAAAUGUUCCUUCAGACUACAGUCGAUAUACCGUAUUGUAUGUAUCAUUAUUAUGUAGAAUUAGUAUGCAAUUACAGAGACGAAGAAAUGCUCUAUAAAUAUGGAAGGAAUAAUAAUAAACUAUUCAUCAAUUUAUACGGAUCAAAAUUACAGACGGGUUUUCAAGAAGUUUCUUUUAUAAGCACGCGUUUCAACUCUAAACCUACAGUGGAAUUUUUGUUAGCUUCGAAAAAUGUGGGUGUUAUUCACAGAGUAGAUCUCAAAUGGAAGCAAGCCAAUGAAAUAGGAAUUUAUUUAGAUUUGUGUGGUCCUUCUUACAACGCUAAACAGGAAUGUAACGAAUGCUCUUUCUGUUUUAAAGAAAUCAGAAUCUAUACUCUAGAGACGAAUGUUUGGAAUAUAUUCUACAGUGAUAACUACACAUCGACCCGGAACGAAACCAAAACUUUUCGUGUCACUCCACAUCAUGACUCUUGGAAAUCUUCGUUCGUAGAAACAUCCCUGUACAGAUAACACAUUUAACUAUUGAUAAAUUUGUUUUAUAUUCUAUGAAUAUAAAUUAUAUAUUACGUAACUUCUAACAAAAACAAAUAUGUACAAAAUUAAGCAAGUAAUUAUUCGCUCGUCAGUCUCAGGUAUGAACUUAUGUAUAUAAACAAUAACAUUUUAAAAAAAAGAGAAUAAAAUAUAUUAUAUAAAUAUUUAAAUUUUUGUUUA